UGGAAAUGAAUGGCUGCUCAUAUUCAUUAAAACAAAUAAACCCAAAGAUAUACAAAAUUUGAAUAAUUGAAAAGGAAGGCAGCUCUAUUUGAAAGAAAGAACCUUAAAGAAUACAGAAAAUUAGUUAAUAAACUAAAUCCACCAGCUGAAAAUGGUGUAAAUACAAAAGCAAACUGGUCUAUAUACAGUGAAGAUAUCAGCGGGAACGGAAACUGAGGUCAAGCGAAAGAUUGCAGGAGAUUUACCCUAUAAAUAAGUAAUGCCAAAAGUACUUAUACAUACAUAUGUAUUAAGGCACAUAAAUCACAAGGCAUGUAAACAUCCCGCGCUGUACACUGCUAUAAACCGUUAGAURUACAUACCCACCUUUUGAUAAGUAUUAGAGGCAAGCAAGUACUCUGAAAGAAUAUAUGUGUAUGUUGCUGCAUAGCCACAGCCGCUGCUCCUUUGUCUCGAUUUAGUUGAAGCGGUGACCUUAACACUUGCCACACUGACCAAUGCUAAUGAAUCAGCGACAACAACAACAACAACAACAACAACGCGGAAAAUAAUUUCACAAUCUGCACCCAAAAACCAACAACUCGUUGUAGCUCCGAAAACGAAUAACUAAACAAAGGCUAGCGGUGUAACCACAAUGAAUGUAAUCGCCAAGACCCAACAAUUCGCACAGACAUUAGCAGUAGUUGGCUUCACCAGUAUCACUGCGGCGGCCACUCAUGCGACGGCACACAAUCCAAGGACGGAUAAUUUACUAGCUGCAGCCGCAGCAGAAACAACUCGUUCCACUUUAACACUAGCUGCCAGAAUGUUGGCUGGCUUACCGACAUCCGCCUCCGACAUUGCUGACUCAGCGAUAACGGAUAUGGCGKCGGUGGACAGCACGAGCAGCAWUGAAAGUGCUGAKGGUGAGGGUGAGGGUGUGGCCGAAGCAGAGCCGGAUGCGUUGGAUGUGUUGCGAGAUGAAUGUUAUAAACGCUUGAAUGAAACCGCGACACAGUUUACAGCAGGUGAAACUUACUGCGCUGGCACAUUUGAUGGUUGGCUCUGUUGGCCGGAUACUGCCGCCGGCACUUCCGCCUACGAACGCUGCCCGGAAUUCAUAACCGGCUUCGAUCCGACAAGAUUUGCACAUAAGGAAUGCGGAAGCGACGGUGAGUGGUACAAGCAUCCGCUCACGAAUAAGACCUGGUCCAAUUACACGACCUGCAUUAAUUUCGAUGAUUUAGAGUGGAAACACAGCAUUAAUCUCUUUUAUAAGACUGGUUAUGGCAUAUCCCUGAUAGCGAUACUCCUGUCUCUUGCUAUAUACAUUUAUUUCAAAUCGCUGAAAUGUGCGCGCAUAACACUUCACAUGAAUUUAUUCACAUCCUUCGCUGCGAACAAUUCACUCUGGUUGGUUUGGUACUUCGUUGUAAUACCCGAAACGGAGAUGCUGAAACGAAGUCCGCCACCCUGUAUUGCGCUGCACAUAAUACUCCACUACUUCCUGCUAACCAACUAUUCGUGGAUGCUCUGCGAGGGCUUCUACUUGCACACGGUGCUGGUAUCCGCCUUCAUAUCGGAGAAGAAAUUGGUGAAAUGGCUGAUUGCCCUCGGCUGGGGCACGCCGGCAAUUGUUAUCUUCAUUUACGCUCUGGCGCGUGGCCUCGGCGGCUCCGGCGAUGAAGUCAAACACUGUUGGAUGCAUAGCACGAGCUUCGAGAAUAUUCUCGUUGUGCCCGUUUGUAUUUCCAUUUUUCUUAAUUUGCUAUUUCUAUGCAAUAUUGUGCGCGUCGUGCUGCUUAAGCUGAAGGCACCGGCCAGCAUACAAGGCAGCUGUGGACCCUCACGCACCGUCCUGCAAGCAUUCCGCGCAACACUUUUGCUUGUACCACUAUUGGGAUUGCAGUACAUCUUGACGCCAUUUCACCCGGAUGCAGGCCAUCCAUGGGAGCAGACAUACGAAGUAAUCUCAGCGUUUACGGCCUCAUUUCAGGGUCUCUUUGUUGCCACACUCUUCUGUUUCUUCAAUGGCGAAGUUAUUGCGCAGGUGAAGCGCCGCUGGCGUACGACUUGGUUUAGCAACAGAGCGCGUGCAAAUUCCUACACAGCAACCCAGGUCUCGUUCGUGCGAUGUGGCCCGCCCUUGCCCGGCGAAGAAAAAGUAUGACUAAAGAGCUUGUCRUCGACGAAAUCGCGUCGCGCCUCCAGCGCCGUCACCGGACGCAGCGGCGGCAAUGCACCAAACGCGGCCGGUAGCAGUAAAGGCGUCACGCGCCUGCGCAGCAACAGCAGCGCACCCGCUACACAAAACUCACCUGCGAAUAGCACAGCGACGCCCGGUCUGUUGGGCGGUCUGCGAAAAUUACAAUUUCUGCGACGAAAAACCGUCGAUCAGCUGCGCAUACGGCAGCCGCUAAUGGAGGAGGGCGCUUGUGUCGCCGAUGGUGGCGCUCAGGCAUGCAACUGGAAUAGUCAUAGAAAAAAUGCGRCCGAAAAUGUGACGGCGACAGCAGCGGCUACAACAACAACGGCAGCAGCGAACAAGAGCGAACUAGCAGCAGCGACAACAACGAGUAAUUACUGCAAUAAUAAUAGCAACAAUCGACUUAGCAGCAGCGGCAGUUAUAGCAUCGAAGGCAGCAGCGCGGAGGGCAGCAAUCGUGCCGGCGGCAUUUUGCUUGUCACCACCACAGCUGUGCACACGAAUCCGAACACAUGCACCUACAACAAUAAUUUGCAUUUGGAUGGCAACAAAAUCGCCGACGAGGCAUUGUAAGCGCAUUAAAAUGCUGCCGAACGCGAUGUGACAUGUGUGGCAUGUGACUUGUUGUGGUUGGAGGUGGCUUGGCUCUAUGUAUGUAUGUAUAUGGUUUUAGUGUCAGCGUAGUUGUAAGUAAUUGUAGUUAACACGUGAUUAACUGGUACUACGAUAGUUGAUAUAUUUAUUGCCAUUUUGCAUAUUUUGUGUGUGUGUGUGUCUGUGUGUUGAAAGUACAGAGUAACUUAGCACUAAGCUUUUUAAUGUUUUAGUGUAAAUACAAUUUCUUUAAAUCUUUAGGAUAUGAAGAAUAGUGGGACUGCCUAUUAUAUAAUAUAUACUGUGCUAACUGUGAACACAUUGUGCAAUAUUAUUGAGUAAAUUAUUUCUAAUAUUUUAUUCACCUCUAAGUUAGACUUAUUUUAAAAGAGCAUGGUUCAAUUAAAAGUUUUUAAAUUGUAUACAGUACUGAGAAAAAUAUUGACACCCAUAGUUUUUGGUUUAUAUAAGUAUAUUAGAAUCAAUAAUUGAAUUGAUAGCAUGACGUUUAUCUGUCCAUCCGUCCACGCAUCUAUUUAUAUGCUAACAACCUUUCACCUAAUGUCAUUUUUCGAAAUCACUGUAAGAUGCGUUGAAUCUUUUGACCUUUGCAGAAAACAUCACAAAUUCGCAAUCAUAUCUCAUAUGAGAAUAUUUGAAUUGCAAAUAAUUGCGGUUAAAAAUUAAAUACCAGACCCGAACCCACACGAAGGCAUAUGCUAUGACUAACCUGGUGGAACUUAGGACCGAUUGAUUGUUUCUAAAGUAGAAUAAGCUCUUGUCGUUGAGGUUUCUCAGAUCGCUUACUAACCAUCAGUUGUGCAUGAAUAUCGAUAGGUUGCAUUACCUAAUUAUUUCCUCAAUAUCUCCAGCAGAGGAAGGUUACUUCACUCUGUUUAUGGCUGAUUCUUGAUUUUUUCCCCACCCCUGUUCCACCAAAAAAAUUGGUUCCUUAAAAUGGCUGCCGAUCAUUGAUCAGCCUAUUUGUUAUAAUACCAACUUACCUAGUACAACUAUCCAGCAAGUUCACAUCGUGAAGGUUAUCAAGAAUUUCCUUUCUCUAUUUUAAAAAA